AUGUUGACUCGAUAUCUACCAACAUUGCAAUGUCGACGAUGUGAACGAUAUGAGUUAUCAAAAGGAAAAAAUGCUACACAAUCUACAAUCCAAGCAUGUUUCUCUGAUUGUGGUCCAGAUAAAGCCAUUGAUGGUGAUGUAAACACAUGUAUGAUGACACGCGAAAUAGGGUCAAUAUCAGCAUACCGGUACAAAACAGUAUGGUGGAUGAUAGAUCUCGGAGACAUUCACAGUAUUUACAGCAUCAGCAUAAUUUUUAAAGACUUCAAAGAUUCUGGAGAUUAUGAAAUGAGACAAAGAGGUCGUUUUGCUGGAUUUUCCCUUUUUAUAUCUAACUCUUCUAGUAGAGAAGAUGGUUUACUUUGCUACAAAAACACGCUUCCAUUACCUCCCCUGGAGUUUAACACAACGUGUAUAGGAUAUGGUCGUUACGUCAUCUACUACAAUGAAAGGCUGGACGGAGUAACUUAUCCUGAGGGAUAUCAAAUUCUGAAUGUGUACACUAAUUUGUGUGAAGUGAAAGUUCAAGGAUGCUCUAAAACUGGAGUGUAUGGAGAAAACUGUAGCUUGCCUUGUCCAGCCAACUGUCAAGAUAAACGAUGUAACAUUGUCAACGGAACUUGCUUGGGCUGUCUGCCUGGAUACAUGGGAGAAAUGUGCCAAGAAGAAUGUUCAUUUGGAUGGCAUGGCAAAGAGUGUACAAGACAAUGUAUGGGGCAUUGUAGAGGAAAUAUAACAUGCAACCACGUUACCGGAAAUUGUCAUGAAGGAUGUGCAGCUGGAUGGAUGGGGAAUCAGUGUGAUGAACGUACGUAG